UUGAUAAUACAUCAUGGCAAUUGCACGCUUAGUCCUUGUAGUUGGUCUAUUCGCCAUUAGUUGUCUCUCGCAGCCAACUAAUAGAAUAUUGGAUGGAAAUAGUGCAAUCGUUGGAGAAGUACCAUAUGCAGCAUCUAUACGUUUGGAUGGAGCUCAUAUCUGUGGUGGUAGUAUAAUUAGCGCAGAACAUAUAUUAACUGCAGCACACUGCGUUGUAGAUGAUAAUCACAACAGUUACGCCAUAAGUCGUUUGUCAGUGCGAGUGGGCAGUAUUAACCAAUUAGCAGGUGGCAAACUUCCAAAAAUCUUGAGCGUAUCUGUGCAUCCUGAUUAUGAAGAACUGAAAAACGAUAUUGCUAUUCUAAAGAUUGAACAGGUUACAUGGAGUUCAACUAUAGCAAGUAUUGCCAUAGCAAAAGCCUCUGAUGAAUUACCAGUAGGUGCUACAGUUUCGGUUGCCGGUUGGGGUGAGGGCACUAAUGGUGCUGCGUCUUAUAAGUUACAGACAACUACAUUCAACGUAGCUAAUGAGGAUGAAUGUUUGAACGCCUUCGUGGAGGGUGAUGCUUCCAUACUAUGUUUAAAUCAUGAUCUUAAGCAGGGCAGUUGUCGUGGUGAUGCUGGUAAUGGAGCUGUGUACCAGAAUGAACUUGUUGGUGUUAGCAAUCUUGUUAUUGGUGCUUGUGGAUCACGUUAUCCUGACAUAUUCUCAAAUGUUGCAUAUUAUUCUGAUUGGAUCGAAAGUCAAAUGGGGAACAGCCGCCGUUCCAUUUAUUUGCUAAAAGUAAAUAGAAGCAGAAUGUUAAAUAUUAAAACUGGCAUUCUGGUGUUCUGCACUUUAGUUGCGACCGUUGUGGCCUACAAUUCGGGACGUAUUGUAGGUGGCUACGAUGCGUUGCCAGGUCAAUUUCCACAUCAAAUUUCAUUGCGCAUGAAUCACUAUCACAUCUGUGGUGGAUCCAUUAUAAGCAGUAAAUACAUAUUAACUGCAGCUCAUUGUGUUGUUGAAACUGGCACUCAACCUUACGAUGCAAAGAACUUUACUAUACGCGCCGGUACACAUAACCGUUUAGCCGGUGGUGUCAUCGUGCAAGUUAAACGUGUUACUGUUAAUCAGAACUAUGCAAGUUUUAUCAAUGACUUAGCUUUGUUGGAACUUGAGGAAGAAUUGGAAUUUUCUGAUAUUAUACAACCUAUUGAGUUGGCUGAAGAAGAAGUGCCGGCUGGUUCUGAAGUUAUCAUUUCUGGAUGGGGUCUUUUAGAAAAUAAUGCCGCAAAUAUACCUAUAAUGUUACAAUGGAAUACAGUCGAAGCUAUUAGUAAAACUAAAUGCGCUACAAUGAUUUUGGUCUCUUCAGAUGCUUUGAUCUGCUUGAACCAUCCUAAAGGUGCUGGUGCAUGUAACGGUGACUCUGGCGGUCCGGCGACUUAUGAAGGCAAAUUGGUUGGAGUUGCAGGUUUUGUUGUUAUAGGCUGUGGCACCUCACGUCCUGAUGGUUAUAAUAAAGUUUCUUAUAAUCUCGACUGGAUUCAUGAAAAUAUGAUUUAAAAUUUUCUGUAAAUGCUGAUAAUUCAGCAUUUAUUUGUUUUAUUUGGUA